AUAUUAUUAAAGUUCAGAAAGUUUAUAUAAAUACCCCCACAAAGCAGCUAACAUCCCGCAAUCAGCUCAGUCUUUUAACGGAGAUAAGAAGAAAGUAGAAAAAAGAAGCAGAGAAAAGAGAGAUGUCGUCUGGCACAGCGGGUCAGGUUAUCCGAUGCAGAGCUGCGGUAGCAUGGGAAGCAGGGAAGCCGUUGGUGAUGGAAGAAGUGGAAGUUGCCCCUCCACAGGCCAUGGAAGUCCGUAUAAAGAUUCUCUUCACUUCCCUCUGUCACACAGACAUUUACUUCUGGGAAGCUAAGGGGCAGACACCUGUAUUCCCUCGCAUCCUUGGCCAUGAAGCUGGAGGGAUUGUAGAGAGUGUUGGAGAGGGUGUCACAGAUCUUGAACCAGGCGACCAUGUACUCCCUGUGUUCACAGGAGAAUGCAAGGAAUGUGACCACUGCAAAUCAGAGGAAAGCAACAUGUGUAACCUCCUUAGGAUAAACACGGACAGAGGAGUGAUGAUUGGUGAUGGGCAGUCUAGGUUCUCCAUCAAUGGGAAGCCUAUCUACCAUUUUGUAGGAACCUCCACUUUCAGCGAAUACACUGUAGUCCAUGUCGGUUGUCUCGCCAAGAUCAACCCUGCUGCUCCUCUUGAUAAAGUUUGUGUUCUUAGCUGCGGUAUCUCAACAGGUCUUGGUGCUACUUUGAAUGUUGCAAAACCCAAAAGCGGUUCCAGUGUUGCUAUUUUCGGGUUGGGAGCAGUCGGCCUUGCUGCCGCAGAAGGGGCAAGGAUUGCUGGAGCUUCAAGGAUUAUUGGUGUUGAUCUAAACGCGAACAGAUUCAAUGAAGCCAAGAAGUUCGGUGUUACAGAGUUUAUAAACCCAAAAGAACAUGAUAAACCAGUUCAAGAGGUGAUUGCCGAGAUGACUAACGGAGGAGUAGACCGUAGCGUCGAAUGUACUGGAAACGUCAAUGCCAUGAUAUCUGCAUUCGAAUGUGUUCAUGAUGGUUGGGGUGUUGCUGUGCUUGUUGGUGUACCACACAAGGAUGCCGUGUUCAAAACUCAUCCCAUGAAUGUGUUGAAUGAGAGGACUCUUAAGGGAACCUUCUUUGGAAACUAUAAACCACGCUCUGAUAUUCCUUCAGUUGUGGAGAAAUACAUGAACAAGGAACUUGAAUUGGAGAAAUUCAUCACACAUGAAGUCCCAUUUUCUGAAAUCAACAAAGCCUUCGACUAUAUGCUUCAAGGGGAGGGCAUUCGUUGCAUCAUUCGCAUGGAUGGAUAGAGGACUCAAGUGUAAGGCAUGGAAUAAAGCAUGUUCACCUUUAAGAAAAAAGCCAGAGAAUAUAGCCUAUGUUGUUUUAAUGCCUAGUUCAUUUAACCUGUUUGAUUUUUUGUUGUGUACUCUGUUUGUUUUCUUUUUUCUUUUUGUGUGUUGGCUUGUUGCCAUAUGGGGUUACGUUUGAUUAAUUAAAAUCUGCACUUGUUUUA